AUGAAUCACAAAAUGCCGUCGGAGUCGAAGCCUUUGUUGACAACCCAAACAGAAAAACCAAAUCAUUAUUCGUAUUUAAAAGAAUUUCGAGUUGACCAAUGCCCAUUGUUUUUGCAACAUAAAUGUACUCAGCAUCGGCCGUAUACUUGUUUUCAUUGGCAUUUUAUGAACCAGAGACGUCGUCGUCCGGUAAGGAAACGAGAUGGAUCGUUUAACUAUAGUGCUGAUAAUUACUGCACUAAAUUUGACGAAACUACAGGACUGUGUCCCGAAGGAGAUGAAUGCCCAUAUUUGCAUCGCACAGCCGGUGAUACUGAGCGCCGUUAUCAUCUGAGAUAUUAUAAGACUUGUAUGUGUGUUCAUGAUACAGAUUCUCGUGGGUUUUGUGUCAAGAAUGGACCCCAUUGUGCUUUUGCACAUGGUAAUCACGAUCUGAGACCACCAGUGUAUGAUAUAAAAGAAAUUCAAGCUUUAGAAAAUCCUGAUGGAGAUGCAAAUGCUACACCUAAUGGGCCUAAUGUAUUAGAUAAGGAAAGAAAUUUAAUGAAUGAAGACCCAAAAUGGCAAGAUAGUACAUAUGUUUUGUCAAAUUACAAGACUGAACCGUGUAAGCGCCCCCCACGGUUGUGUCGCCAGGGAUAUGCCUGUCCUCAGUAUCACAAUAGCAGAGAUAAAAGAAGAAGUCCUAAAAAAUUUAAAUACAGAUCUACACCUUGUCCUAAUGUUAAACACGGGGAUGAAUGGGGUGAACCUUCUAAUUGUGACUCUGGAGAUAAUUGUGCAUAUUGUCACACACGCACAGAACAACAAUUUCAUCCUGAAAUAUACAAAUCUACAAAAUGCAAUGAUGUGCAACAAGCUGGAUAUUGUCCAAGAGGAGCUUUUUGUGCUUUUGCACACAUAGAUCAAGCUUCAGAAUCAGCGUCAAUAAGCAGUAUAGGUUCAAAUACGUCAAACAAAGCACCUGGUGCGCAGUUAACAAAUGCAAAUAAGAUUACUCAAAGUAUUUUUAACAACCAUAACUUACACAGCAAUCACGAUUUAUUUAGUAAUAGUUUGUUGCAACAGCAACAACAACAAAUUUUGGCAAUAGAUAGUCCGCUGUUGGGGUCUGUAGACAAAGCCCAGCGAAAACAAAGCAUGUAUUUUAGUAACGUACAUACAAAUGGAAUUUUAGGAUCCUUUUAUUCAACAGAUACUGUGGAAUCUGUCGUUGGUAAUGCAUUAGAAGAUUUAAAUUUAGAUGAACCUUUGAAUUUAGUAGCUUCUAUAGAUCGUGAUUUAGAAAGGGAAUCACCUGCCGUUAGCAGUUCAAUAUCAGCGAGCUUAGCAAAUAGUGGUCUAUUAGGUAGCUCUGCACCAGUCAAUAUUCCUGGAUCAAGUCUCAAUGAUAGAAAUUCAAGUAUUAAUUUUUCACCCACAGCUUCAUCACCUCUUAACCAUCUUAACUUUUUAGGUAGUAGAUAUUCUCAAGAUGCAAUAGAUACAAAUACAAGUUUUAUCGGUCAGACACACUUACAAUCAAAAAUGGGUAAUUUUCAAUCGACAGGAAUAUAUGAUUUCAGUCAAAAUAUGUCGCCUCAUCAUGCCGUUUCACAUUCACCUCUAGUCUCAAAUUUCAUUACUGGUUCUUCACCUGGUACUUUAUCUAAUAAUGAAAUUCAAAGGCUACAAAACGAAAUAUUAAAGUGCAAGCAACAAGUAGCGCAGUGGGAACAAAUGGUGGCUAGAGCUCGAACGGCUUGCGAAGCAUGGCAAAGGGAUGCAGAAGAUAAUAGUAGGAAAGCGAAUAUAGCAGAAAAACAAAGAGAUGAAGCAUUAAACCAAGCUAAAAAUCUUCAAAAAGAGGUGGAAUCUUUACAAAAAAGUCCUUUUUUGCAUGGACUUAGAAGAGUGUCCGAACUGAGAACAUUAACAAUGGCUACGUUAAAACAAUUACAAGCUCAAUUGAGAGCUGAUUUAGAAGAGAUAGAAAAGGUGAUUUAUUUACAAACGGCAACAAAGUGCAUGGUAUGCGAGGAUAAAAAUCGUAGUGUAACUCUAGGCCCUUGCAAUCAUUACGUUUUGUGCACGCAGUGUGCUCCUAGCCAAAAGGAAUGCCCAUACUGCCAAACUCCUAUUCAAAACAUGUAA